GACUUUCAACUGUAACCCAAAUCCUUCCCCCACUCCACGGGAUGGUGAUAAAAAGACCUGCCCAAACCAGCGGAGGGGGAGUGAGCGUUGUGACUCCGGAAUAGGGGGGACCAUGGAGAUCUUCAGCAUUCAGCAGUUGGUAAGUGAUGAACGACAUGAGGGGAAAGGGCGAGGUUUUGAGGCGCUCUCCAGAAAUGCAGCCAAAGUGCCGGAAACUUGGCAGCCGGGCCCAAUUGGUGUGUGGGAGGCCGUCAGCAAGGAGAAGCAGAAAGCAGAAGAGGAAAGGAGAAAAAAGCUUGAGACACUCAAUAACUCCAGACUGAAGCUAGAGAGCUUGCAGGACUUGGAAGCCAUUGUCAAGCUACGCAAAAGCAAGAAAAGAUGGAAGAAGGUGGUCCGCCCCAAGGAACAGGAGCCAGAAGUGAUAACAGAGCCUGUGAACGCAGAACAGUUUCUGCAAGCAGCCCUGGAAAACCGAAUUCUUGUGAUUGACAAAUAUCUGGCAGACGGAGGGGACCCCAACGCUCAUGAUAAGUUCUCAUGUACUGCCCUGCACCGGGCCUGCCUACGAGGCCAUGCAGAGAUUGUGGAGAAACUACUGGAAGCCAGGGCCAAACUGGAACCAAGAGACAUGCUGGACGCAACACCGGUGUUCUGGGCCUGUCGUGGGGGACACCUGGAGAUCCUCAAGGGCCUGAUCAGGAGAGGAGCCAAGAUCUCCACAAGAGACAAGCUCUGGAGCACUCCACUGCACGUGGCCAUCCGGACAGGGCACUGUGACUGCGCAGAGCAUCUCAUUGCCUGCGGGGCAAACAUCAAUGCACAAGACAAGGAAGGAGACACACCUAUUCAUGAUGCAGUCCGGCUGGGACGUUUCAAGGCUGUAAAGACUCUGCUGAUGUAUGGCGCCAGCCUCAGCAUCCGGAACGAGGCUGAAGUGACUCCGGUGGACCUGGUGAAGGACUGGCAGACAGGCAUCCGGGAGACGCUGCAGGCAUGCGCAGACCGGCAGCAUCCCUUGGCCAGGAACUGAUGAGCGUGGAGGAGAAUCAGCAGUGGGAUGCUGGCCCCAAGAGCAGGCAUCCCACUCUUCAAUCAGCUUGUGACCAACAUACCUUUCUAGGUUUGCAUGCCAAGCUGAUCCCUGAGAGCCACUGUGGGCAGGACUGCUCUCUCUUCACAACUCCUGUUCCAGUGAAGUCUACAGUUCUUGUUUACAUCCUCCGGCUGAGAUAGAAGGGAGACGAGAGUCCUUUGGAAAUGCAGGUCUUGAUGGAGACAUUCCUUUACCUGGGAAUAUGCCAGGUCAGCAGUGCUGGGCAUAGAGUGCCCUUCUCAGUGCUGCUCUUUUAUGUCACAGAGAAGAGAUGAUCCAAGAAGGGGCAGGGAACUAAGGCACGAGACUGAUGACAUGUGAGUCCUAGGUGCCUGUGGGGGUGCAGGGUGGGGAGAUACAGCCCCUACCAUUGGUACAGUGAAUCCUCCUCACUCUUGGUAAAGGCAGGUGUGCCAAAGCUGGGGGUGGGGGGCGGGGGUUAGCCAAAAAACUAUGUCCUUAAGGAGGUAUGGUGGGUGCACUCCAAAGCAAAGGACCUUAUUCAUUUCCAAAGCAAUUUGGCAUCAAAGAAACUAUAGAGGGAGAUUGCGGUAGCUCCUUCAAUGGUUUUCAAGGAGGAUUGGAGAAGCACCCAUCAACCAGGGCUUGGAUAAUCCCAAUGUACCCCCCCCCCUUCUGCAUCUAUGAUUUUGCAUGGGGUCAAGGCCCUACAACCUAGAAGAAGGGCCAGAUCUCUGCGUCAGCCUUCCACAGAUCCCAAAGCCUUUGGGCUUUGUCUCCUCCUGUUCUUUACAAAAUGCAGGCGCUACCUAGUAUGGCCCUCCCAGGUUCAGUGGUUGAGGGCCAAAAGAGGUGCCUAGCAGAGGGUGAGGACAGGAGAGAGAAUGUGGAUGAAGCAAAUUGAGCUGAAGUUAGGCGGAGCCUACUUUCGGCACAAUGAAACAAGGGUCAUCUCUCUCUGGAGACCGUUUCCCUCGGUUGCAAGGCAUGAGAGAAAAACCAGGCUAGUUUGUUUCUGUUUCUAUUAGGACUCCUCCCUUGCAGACAAGUCUACUUCCCAGCCUUCCAUACAACAAUACCUCUCUGUCUCAGCCCUUGUGGUGGCAGCAGUCACACCCUCUUUGCCAUUCCCAGCCACUGCUGUGGCGUCAUGCAUCUGUUCAUGACCCUCUUAUUCCUUCAAAGCUGACAAAGUGGGAUCUUGAUGCUGCUGGCCAGGCCAAGAUACUGUCAGCCAGUAUUAUCUGCAACGCACAUUAUUUAUUCAAUGCAAAACAGGCCCAGUUGCUACUGGUUGGCACAGUUUGCAUGCCACUGGUUGGCCACCCUGCCAUUUUCUGGUUACCGAACAGUCAAUGUGUCUGGAGCAUGCAGAGUUGCUCCCGGACUUAAUCCACCAACUUGCACAUGAAACUGGUUUCAUGUAUUGUACUUCUGAUAACCUACUAACCUUUCUAAGAAAACCCUAAGGAAAAAGCCCCAGAGCCAGGAUGGGCAUUGCUGUGAGAAUGCCAGCAACAACAAACAUGGCAUCCCUGGCCUUUCCGUCUGGUACGAGGGUCAUACUAAACUCUGGAGAAUGAAUGAAUGAAAAAAAAUCUCCAGCCUGGCUGCUUUGCACAAAACGUGCAGCAGGGGCUGGUGGAAAUUACUUGAACAGGUCCUUGCAAAGGGGUGUGAGAUCUCACCUCUUCCAAGUUGACCUUGGAUCGUAAAUGCAUCACAAGCCAUGCACUUGUCUUUUUCUAAAUUAUGGAUCAAUUCAAGUGGCAACAGGUGAGCAACAUGUUGCCAUGCUGAAUGAGUGGCAAACUCACUUUGUCCAUUGGGUGGAGCUUGACUUAGGAUAGGUUCUCAUCGACUAACUUGCAAGUGGCACCCAGUCAGUGCAUGAUGUUGCAGCCCUCCACUUCAUUCUUGGUCCCCACCCAGUGUCACCAAGCUGUGCUGGGGUGUAUGGAUGGAAGUGAUAGAGGACUGCUAAAAUCCGUGACUCAAAAGCCAGCUGUUGGCAUAACUGCACUUUUGUGAUGCGUUUUCUCUUUGGCAAAUAAUAAAACUAUAUUAAGCCCUCUUUAGAA